AGGCAAGAGCAACAGUUUCAGCCAUUAGCAGGCCUUGACUUGUUCACGGAAUAUGCCUGGCCCAUCCACAGACUCAGGGAAAUGCAAGUCUCGGAAGGGGGAAGCCAGGAAUAUCAUGGCUCCCUUCUCUCAGCACAUAUCCCGUUUCUGGAGAGCAGCUGAGACUUUUUCCAGGAGCCUUAAGAAAAAAGGCCCGGAGGGCAGGUUCCUCAACAGCCAAGACAAAAUGGAAGGUGAGGCCCUUGAGGGCAGCAGGCGUCCCCACCCCAAGCCCUGGUCUCAGCUGCUGCCAGGGCUGUGCCCCACAACCUGGAUCUUAGAAGGAAACAGAGGGGGCAGCGACCGGCCCUUCUUUCACUACAGGGUGUCAAGUAACCGCAGGGCAAUGAACCCAGAGCCCUCCAAAGAUGGCAGUCCAGCCCUUCUGCACAGGGGUCGGCUCGGGCUGUCAGCAGCUUCGGUAACCGAAAAGGACAGCCCCAUGGGACAGGUGGAGGAGGAAGAGUACUCCUGUGCGUACGGCUCAUUCUCCUAUCUGUUCCUCUGCUCCUUAGGUGGGGUCGUGAGCUGUGGUGCAACGCACACAGCGGUAGUGCCACUGGAUGUGGUGAAAUGCCGCAUGCAGGUGGAACCCAGGCGCUACCUGGGGCUCGUGCAAGGCCUUUCUCUCACUGUGCGAGAGGAGGGGAUGCGAGGCCUGGCUAAGGGAUGGGCUCCGACAGCCAUAGGGUAUUCCAUGCAGGGCUUUGGCAAGUUUGGGCUCUACGAGUUCUUCAAGAUACAGUACUCUGACUUGAUGGGUCCCGAGGAAGCUUAUCUGUGGCGGACUAGCCUCUACCUUGCUGCUUCAGCCAGCGCCGAGUUCUUUGCUGACAUGGCUUUGGCCCCGAUGGAAGCAGUCAAGGUUCGGAUUCAGACCCAGCGUGGCUAUGCCAACACGCUGCGAGAAGCAGUUCCCAAGAUGUAUAUUGAAGAAGGACUAUGGGCUUUCUAUAAGGGAGUGUAUCCCCUCUGGAUGCGUCAGAUCCCUUACACCAUGAUGAAGUUUUCCUGCUUCGAACGAACUGUAGAAGCGCUCUAUAAAUAUGUCAUUCCUAAGCCACGAGAUAAGUGCAGCAAGAUGGAACAACUUGGAGUUACCUUUAUUGGUGGAUACAUUGCUGGCAUCUUCUGUGCUAUAGUCUCACACCCGGCUGAUUCUGUCGUAUCAGUAUUGAACAAAGAAAAGGGCAGCACUGCUGUGGGUGUCCUCAAGAGGCUGGGCAUGUAUGGGAUCUGGAAAGGCCUCUUCACCCGUAUUCUGAUGAUCGGGACCCUCACCGGCCUGCAGUGGUUCAUCUAUGAUUUAGUUAAAGUUUAUCUCAAGUUGCCUCGGCCCCCACCACCUGAAAUGCCUGAAUCGUUGAAAAAGAAGCUCUCUAAAAAUUAAAUCCACACUAUGAGAUCUAUGCAGCUGUGUUUCAAGGAUGCUCUAAUUCUAUAAAAAUGUUUCAUUCACUUGAUUUGUGGAUAUCACUGAGCCAUGGAAAUUCAUGAUGGUUUUAUUCAAUCCCAGAACUCAGCUUCAGGGAGCUUCAACUCUCUAUUAAAUAAGCUAUUUAAAAUAGCUUCUUAAUGAAACUUUAAUGCAUGUCAUUUAACAGAAUAACAUUUUCUUGCAAUUUUAUUUUACUUUUAACUGCACUCAAAAUACAUAGCAGAUAAUGCUAUUACUAGUUUUUAUAAGCUGUUAAAUAUUUUAAGGUUAACCAUUUAAUAGCAACUGCUAGACAAGUUGGUUGUUGUAAUACUAUUGUGAUGAUUUGAAAAUUAUUGUCAACAGGUCAUGUUGUUAGGCAGCAUAGAUGGUAUUGUGAUUCUGAGGUACUGAACUAAAAAAUCCUGUGUGCAUUUGCUAAAUCUAAUUCUAUGUUUGAAGCAACAUAAAACUAUAAACUCUGAAAAAUGGCAAUCUUAACAGUACUGUAUUAGAAAGCUUAUUUU